CUACGUGGUUUCAGCGAGCGCGCUUUAGUCGAGCGCGGUUUUGUGGUGGAACCAAUAAUAGGUGGGUAGGAAUCACAGCAGAGAACUGUUCCACACAAGUGCCCCUAACACAGUUUGCAAUUUGAGGUUGAUCAGAAACUUAGGCAGGAAAAAAAAAGAUCUGGAAAAAGAAAAGAAAAAAUCCCUUAUGGCUGAAUACGAUCUCAUUUUCAAAACGAAACAAAACCAGAUCUAACUUUAUCCACUUCCUAUGAAGAAAUAUAUUGGCAUAUGAGUUUGGAGCAUCCAACUCAGCAGCCAAAGAAUAAUCCUUAUCUAACAUUUAAAGACCCGAGAAAUUGUUAUGUCUAGGGAGGAAAAGCCUGACCUAUCACAAGGUCUGUGUGGGUUGUACAAGGCUGGGGAGUAUUCCCUAAGACUCUUCUGGCCGGCUAGCAACGCUUGCUUGCUCCCCGGGUCCAUUUUCAGUCCAUUCAAAAUGGCUUUGAAUAUCAGUGGCUUAGUAGCUCUGCUUUUAUUCUGCGCCCUGAUUUUAGCAGUUGGAAUAUGGGCUUCUCGGAAAACAAGACCGAAGGAACACCAGAAGCCCAGCGAAGUAGCCAUGGUGGGAGGCAGGAACAUGAAUUUUUGGAUUGGGUUGUUCACGGCAACUGCGACAUGGGUUGGAGGAGCCUACAUCAACGGCACGGCUGAAAUUGUCUACCACCCUUCCAGAGGACUAGUGUGGGUUCAGGCUCCAGUUGGCUUUGCUUUGUCUCUCCUUGUUGGAGGGUUCUUCUUUGUCAAUCCAAUGAGAAGGAGAAAUUACGUGACUCUGAUGGAUCCAAUCCAAGAGAUGUAUGGGAAUGUGAUGGGCUGUCUACUUUUUAUUCCUCCAUUGAUCGCGGACAUAUUCUGGUUUGCUGCUGUUCUUGCCUCUUUAGGAGCAACCAUGAAGGUCAUUUUGGACAUCCAGGGUUAUGUUGCCAUCAUUAUUUCUGCAUGUACAGUGAUAUUCUAUACGUUGUUAGGAGGUCUGUAUUCAGUGGCCUAUACAGAUGUGGUGCAACUGAUCUUUAUAUCGCUCAGUCUGUGGAUUUGUAUCCCUUUCGCCAUCAUGAACCCUGCUACAGAAAACAUUUUUCAUACAGCUACCUACAAUAUAUCCCAAACCCCUUGGACCGGAAAAAUAGAACCAGAGUUUUAUGGAAGAUGGUUGGAUGAUUUCUUAUACUUGGUGCUUGGGUCCAUCCCAUGGCAAACCUAUUUCCAGCGAGUUCUCGCAGCUUCCUCCCACAAAGAAGCCAGAUUAAUUUCCUAUUUCUCUGGACUGGGCUGCUUCAUCAUGGCUAUCCCUUCUGUAUUGAUAGGAGCAGUUGCUGCCUCCACAGACUGGAACCAGACUGACUACGGCCUCCCCACCCCGUAUGAAAGAAACGAGUCCGCUCUCAUACUCCCGCUAGUCCUUCAGCAUCUCUGCCCGACGUACAUCUCCAUCGGUGGUUUGGGUGCCAUCGCAGCCGCUGUGAUGUCCUCAGGUGAUUCUGCUCUGCUCUCUGCCAGUUCCAUGUGUGCUCACAACAUCUAUAAGAAAAUAUUCCGGAGAAAGGCCACAGAGAACGAGGUCCUAUGGGCCAUGAGAAUCUCCAUGGUGGUGUUUGGGAUAAUUUCAGCUGUUCUGGCUUUCUACUCCCCUUCGAUUUAUGACCUCUGGUUCUUGAGUGGCGAGCUAGUGUAUACCCUCCUCUUCCCCCAGCUGUGUUGUGCUCUGUUCCUUCCCAGCACCAACACCUACGGCUCAGCGGUUGGGUUCUUCCUUGGCUUUCUUCUUCGGUUAUUGGCAGGAGAACCAUCCCUGAAGAUUCCUCCUGUGAUCUGCUACCCGGGAUGCUCAGUUGUAGAAGGUGUCUACGCCCAGCUCUUCCCAUUCAAGGUGGUCACCAUGCUGCUCACGCUACUCACCAUCUUCUCAUCUUCCCACCUGGCCAGUUUUAUGUUUAAGAGCGGGAUCCUUCCUGCUGAAUGGGACGUCUGCCGAGUUAUUACGGAUGACACAGUGCCCGUUCCCGUCUCCUGGGGAGAAAGGCAGAUGGAUGUACGAAAAAACCCAGAAUUUUAAGCAAGCGGAGAAAGCGGUUAUGAAAGAUAUUUGACGGUAUCAUUCUCCUGUUAUCACCGAUUGUUGGGAAGAUCCUUUGUGUUCUGACCCAGGCUUCCUUAGAAAGCAAAAGCAAAGUCUUAGUCCCAACCAAACCUCUAUUAUAUACACAACUGUGAAUUCUUUUCAUUCACAGUCAGCAAGGCUUAUUAAACAUUCUUUCGGAGGAAUGUUUAUCCACACACACCUUAUCUCGGUAGGAACGCGGCCAGGUAACUAGUGUCUGAACACAGAGCAAAGCAAAACUUUGCUUUGUUUCUCACAAACAGAA